GAUAGAGGAGACCAUUCAGGAUGCCAGAGCCAGUCAAAAAAGCAGUUUCAGCAUUUUCCAAGAAACCAAAGACUCAGGAGGCUGAAGAGGGGUCCUCUGUGGUAUUUGAAGCAGAGACAGAGAAGCCUGAUGCUAAAGUAAAAUGGCAGUGCAACUCAAAGGACAUUGCCAGUGGCAACAAAUACGCGAUCACAGCUGACGGAAACAAGCACUCCCUCGCUAUAAAAGCUAUUACCAAGGAAGAUGCCAAUGUCUAUGCAGUGAUUGCUGGGGGGUCAAAGGUCAAGUUUGAGCUGAAGGUCACAUCAAAGCCAGAAGUUCCAGUUGAGGCCCCUGCUGAUGGACCCAAGGAGUCCAUUGUGGAACCAGAAGCCCCCCCUCUGCCUGUAGCAGCACCCACAGAGGCUCAGACUGCUGCCCCAGCACCUGAUGCUCCUCCAGCUGAGGACGGUCAGCCUCCUGACACUAGACAGGACCUUACUGGACUAUUCACAGAGAAACCGCAGAGUGGAGAGGUCACUGUCGGUGAAAACAUCACGUUUGUGGCUAAAGUGAAUGCUGAGUCAUUGCUGAAGAAACCCACCGUCAAAUGGUUCAAAGGGAAGUGGAUGGACCUCGCCAGCAAGUCUGGGAAACACCUGCAGCUGAAGGAAUCGUAUGACCGCAACAAUAAGAUCUAUACGUUUGAGAUGCAAAUCAUCUCAGCCAAGCCUAACUUUGCCGGAGGUUACAGAUGUGAGGUUUCAUCUAGGGACAAGUUUGACAGCUGUAACUUUGAAUUGGCUGUACAUGAGGCUCGUGCUGUUGAAGGUUUUGACAUAAGAGCCGCUUUUCGGCGCACGAGUGAAGCCGGUAAGAAGAGAAGUGGACCACAAACAAGUAGCACAGAUGGAAAAGAUGACUCAGGAGAGCUGGACUUCAGUACCUUAUUAAAAAAGAGCAGUUUCUUAAAAUCCUCCAAUCGAAACGUGCAGAUGAGCUCAGAGCCGGAUGUGGACGUGUGGGAGAUUCUCAGAGAUGCUCCUUCCUCAGAAUAUCAGAAGAUUGCUUUUCAGUAUGGCAUUACUGACCUGAGAGGCAUGCUUAAGAGACUCAAGAAGAUGAAGAAAGAAGAGAAGAAAAGUGCAGCUUUCCUCAAAAAGUUGGAUCCUGCUUACCAAGUGACAAAGGGACAUAAAAUAAAACUGGCCAUUGAGGUCGCCAAUCCAGAUGUUGACGUGAAAUGGCUGAAGAACGGACAGGAAAUCCAUCCAACUGGAAGCAAGUACAUCUUUGAGAGCGUUGGCAACAUGCGCUACCUCACCAUCAACCACUGCUCCUUGUCAGAUGAUGCAGCGUAUUGCUGUGUGGUGGGAGAUGAGAAAUGCACCACUGAGCUCUUUGUAAAAGAGCCUCCUGUCAUGAUUGUGAAGAAUCUGGAGGAUCAGAUGGUCAUGAAGGGUGAGCGGGUGGAGUUAGAGUGUGAAGUCUCAGAGGAAGGAGCCAAUGUUAAAUGGGAGAAAGACGGUGUGGAAUUGACAAGAGACGAGUCUUUCAAGUAUCGCUUCAAGAAAGAUGGCUGCAAACAUGUCCUGAUCAUUAAUGAGGCCACGAAGGAAGACUGCGGCCACUACACGGUUAAAACGAAUGGCGGCGAGUCUAUGGCUGAACUCCUGGUGCAGGAGAAAGAACUGGAGGUCUACCAGAGCAUCGCAGACCUCACAGUGAAGGCAAAGGAUCAGGCGGUUUUUAAGUGUGAGGUGUCGGAUGAGACCGUGAGGGGAACCUGGUACAAGAAUGGCGUAGAAGUCAAGUCUGACGCCAGAGUAAACAUCACACACAUUGGCCGGAUCCACAAACUGACCAUUGAUGAAGUCAAACCUGAGGAUGAAGGAGACUACACUUUUGUUCCAGAUGGACACGCUUUUAACCUUUCUGCCAAACUCAAUUUCUUGGAGGUGAAGAUUGAUUAUGUGCCGCGUCAAGAUCCUCCAAAGAUCCACCUGGACUGUAUGGGUCGCACUCCUGAGUCAACCAUCGUGGUGGUGGCCGGCAACAAACUGCGUCUGGAUGUCCCUAUCACUGGAGACCCUGCUCCCACAGUGGUCUGGACCAAAGGAGAGAAGGCUAGUUCUGUAAAACCCGAUGGAGAGGAGAAAGGAGGGCCGGCGUCCUCUUGGACCCUGAAGGAUGGGGAAGUCAUCACCGAGGGAGACGGUAGGGUCCACGUCGAAACCAGCAAAGGACACUGUGUCUUCACCAUCGAGGGCGCAGAUAGACAGGACGAGGGAAUCUACUCUGUUGUGGUUCGAAACCCUGCUGGGGAGGACACUGCAGACAUCAAUGUGAAAGUUGUCGAUGUUCCAGAUCCUCCCCAGGCAAUCAAAAUCCUCAGCGUGGGAGAGGACUCCUGUGUUGUCCAGUGGGAUCCCCCUCAGUUUGAUGGUGGACAGCCAAUUAUUGGUUAUGUGCUGGAGAGAAAGAAGACAAAGAGCUACAGGUGGAUGAGACUGAACUUUGACCCUUACCCUGACACAACUUAUGAAGCCAAGCGGAUGAUCGAAGGAAUGGCGUACGAGAUGAGAGUCUAUGCAGUCAACAGCAUUGGCAUGUCUCGUCACAGUCCGGCCUCACAGCCUUUCGUGCCAGUCGCUCCCACAAGUGCGCCCAUCGGACUGUGCGUCGACGACAUCAGUGACACUUCGAUCUCACUGAAGUGGCGGCGGCCUGAGAGGAUCGGCGCAGCUGAACUCGAGGGUUAUGGGGUUGAGUACUGCAAGGAGGGCACAGAUGAAUGGAUACCAGCCAUUGAGGGUCUGACUGACAGGACAUCGUUGAUCAUCAGAGAUCUCACCACCGGAGACAAGCUGCAGUUCCGUGUCCGAGCUUACAACAUGGCAGGACCCAGUGCUCCCACCACUCUGGCUCAACAUGUCACCAUCAGAGAGAUAAUGCAACGACCUAAAAUUUGGGUCCCAAGAAAUCUCCGCCAGACUCUGAUGAAGAAAGUUGGAGACACUGUCAACCUUGUGAUCCCAUUCCAGGGUAAGCCCAGGCCAAAGGUUACAUGGAGCAAAGAUGGGGAGCCCCUACUCCCCACAUUCGCAUGUGUCCGGAACAGCGAUGUGGAUACGAUCCUCUUCAUCCGCAAGACAGACAGAAAACACUCGGGGAAAUAUGAUCUUCAGGUGCAGAUUGAGAAUGUGGAAGACACAGCAAGUGUCACACUGCAGGUUGUUGAUCUCCCAGGGCCCCCUGAGGCUCUAAAGAUCAUUGAUGUCUGGGGUUUCAAUGUGGCACUCGAGUGGAAGCCGCCAAAGGACAACGGUAACUGUGAAAUAACUGGUUACACCAUUCAGAAAGCUGACAAGAAGACCAUGGAGUGGUAUACAGUCUACGAACAGUACAGGCGAACCCACAGCGUCGUGUCUGACCUCAUCAUGGGGAAUGAGUACAUCUUCAGAGUCUUUGCCAUCAAUCUGGUGGGCCUCAGCCCCGAGCCCUGCACCACGAAAGACAGCGCUUACAUCCAGAAAACAGGUAUUGCGUACAAGCCGCCCUCCCACAAGGAACAUGACUUCUCAGAGGCUCCGAAGUUCACGCAUCCUUUGGUGAACCGGUCGGUCAUAGCGGGAUACAACGCCACCUUGAGCUGCUCAGUCAGAGGAAUACCGAAGCCCAAAGUGACCUGGUACAAAAACAAGAUGGACAUCUCAAAUGAAGCAAAGUACCGUAUGCUCAGUAAGCAAGGUGUUCUGACGCUGGAGAUCCGUAAGCCUUGUCUGUUCGAUGGGGGAGUGUAUACGUGCAAAGCAGUCAACGACAGCGGAGAAGACGUAGUAGAGUGUAAACUGGAGGUUCGCCCUCAGAUUUUUAAAGAAGAAAAGAAAGAGGAAAAGAAAGAAAAGAAGUGAGAAGUUCGAGCUGCUGACCGAAGAGAAGAUCGAUUUCUCUCCAGUGGCUCCUGCAUGUUGACUGUUUGUGUCAUGAUAAACUCUUCACCUGCAUCACAAACUGUGUUUAGCUUUUUUUCUCUUUUGUUUUUGCACCUCUCUCCUCUCCUGCAACCAUCUUACAUCUGUUCAUCCUCACUGCUACGUUUAGUAUCAUGUAACACCGAUUACUGAACCGACUGGGUCUCAUGCUUGCAUUUGCUGUUAUGUGUUAUUUAAUAUGUAAUAAUUCAUGGUUUGUCUCUCUAUUCUACAGUCAAAAGAAAGUAGCAAUAUUUAUGAAAAUGACUUACCUCUCCUAAUCAGCCGAUAGACAGGAAAUGGGUUAAAGUGUUUGGAUUUGUUUGAGUGCUUACAAAGUUCAAUAUAAAUGCUUCAACAACACAA